AUGUUCAAGUCCAACCUGCUCCGGCAGGUCUCCAGAGCUUCUUCCACCGCCGCACGCACACCCACAGCCACCUUCCUCACCAGACCCGCCGCCCGUGGUCUGGCAACCACUCCAAUCCGUCGUGACGAAAAGUCCGACGACGAAAAACUCGACAAGCAUGAUGAAUACUCAACCGCAGGCAAACGUGGUGCUUUUGAGCACGAAGGGCAGUUCUCACGAACGGACAACACCAUUCGUGUCGAAUACCCUGAAGAGGAGGAUCUCCCCAGCUCACAGCCCGUGCAAGGCCGUGGAGGUUUCCAUUUCCGACGAACACUGGCCACCUUCAGCUUGGAGGGACGAAGCGGUGUUGYUACAGGUGGAGCCAGAGGUCUUGGGUUGGUCAUGAGCCAGGCGCUUGUCAUCAGCGGAGCAGACGUCGCCAUUGUCGAUCUCAACAAGGAGGAAGGUCAAAGGCAAGCUGAUCUCCUCAUGGAGACAUUCCGCAAGGAGAACCCCGGCGCGGCCAAAGUCCCCAAGGUCACCGCCCAUUACUGWGACGUUUCCAGCCCCGAGUCCGUCAACGCUGCAAUGGAUGAGAUCCUGGCUGCACAUGGAAAGGUCGACCACCUGGUGACCUCUGCUGGCUUCACCGAGAACUUCGACGCCAUCGAGUACCCACACGAUCGUAUACAGAAGCUAUGGGGCGUCAAUGUGGACGGAACCUACCUCUGGUCUUGCAAGGUCGCCAAGCACUUGAUGGAGCGAAAGUCGGCGGGCAGCGUGGUCAUGAUUGGCAGCAUGUCUGGUGCGAUCGUCAACGUUCCACAGCCACAGGCUCCAUACAACGCCGCCAAGGCUGCCGUGAGACAUCUCGCAAGCUCUCUUGCGGUUGAGUGGGCUCACGCUGGCAUUCGUGUGAACUGCAUCUCCCCUGGAUACAUGCUCACUGCUCUCACAAAGAAGAUUCUGGACGACAACCCCGAGCUGGCUGCCAAGUGGACGAGCCUGAUUCCUCAGGGUAAGAUGGGCCGCCCAGAAGACCUGAUGGGAGCAGUCACCUUCCUCCUCAGCGACGCCGCCGGAUACGUGACUGGAGCCGAUCUCCGUGUUGACGGUGGUUACACCGUCACUUAA